GGCGGGGCUUCCCGGCCGGUCCCCACCCCCUCCCCCAGCGAUAUAACUCGAGUCGCCGACCUGGCCCCUCUGUGGCCUGAACCUGAGUCCUGGCCUCUCGCUCUCCCGCGCGAACAGCAUGAGCUUCACCACCCGCUCCACCUUCUCCUCCAACUACCGGUCCCUGGGCCCCGUGCAGUCGCCCAGCCACCGGGUCCGGCCGGUCAGCAGCGCGGCCAGCGUCUAUGCAGGCGCCGGGGGCUCGGGCUCCCGGAUCUCCGUGUCCCGCUCCUCCAGCUUCCGGGGCACCUGGGGGUCCGGGGGCCUGGCUGCCGGGAUGGCCGGGGGUCUGGCGGGCAUAGGGGGCAUCCAGGGUGAGAAGGAGACCAUGCAAGACCUGAAUGACCGCCUGGCCUCCUACCUGGAGAGGGUGAGGAGCCUGGAGACAGAAAAUCGGAGACUGGAGAGUAAGAUCCGGGAACACCUGGAGAAGAAGGGACCCCAGGUCAGAGACUGGGGGCAUUACCUCAAGACCAUCGAGGAGCUGAAGGCUCAGAUCUUUGCAAAUUCUGUGGACAAUGCCCGCAUCGUUCUGCAGAUUGACAAUGCCCGGCUUGCUGCUGAUGACUUCAGAGUCAAGUAUGAGACGGAGCUGGCCAUGCGCCAGUCUGUGGAGAGUGACAUCCAUGGGCUCCGCAAGGUCAUUGAUGACACCAAUGUCACUCGGCUGCAGCUGGAGACGGAGAUCGAGGCUCUCAAGGAGGAGCUGCUCUUCAUGAAGAAGAACCACGAGGAGGAAGUAAAGGGUCUACAGAACCAGAUUGCCAACUCUGGGUUGACCGUGGAGUUGGAUGCCCCCAAAUCUCAGGACCUCAGCAAGAUCAUGGCAGACAUCCGGGCCCAGUAUGACCAGCUGGCUCAGAAGAACCGAGAGGAGCUGGACAAGUACUGGUCCCAGCAGAUCGAGGAGAGCACCACAGUGGUCACCUCGCAGACCGCUGAGAUAGGAGCUGCUGAGACGACACUCGUGGAGCUGAGACGGACGGCCCAGUCCUUGGAGAUCGACCUGGACUCGAUGAGAAAUCUGAAGGCCAGCUUGGAGAACAACCUGAGGGAGGUGGAGGCCCGCUACGCCUUGCAGAUGGAGCAGCUCAAUGGGGUCCUGCUGCACCUGGAGUCCGAGCUGGCCCAGACCCGGGCAGAGGGGCAACGCCAGACCCAAGAGUAUGAAGCCCUGCUGAACAUCAAGGUCAAGCUGGAGGCUGAGAUCGCCACCUACCGCCGCCUGCUGGAAGACGGGGAGGACUUCAGUCUUAGUGACGCCCUGGACAGCAGCAGCUCCGUACAAACCAUCCAGAAGACCACCACCCGCAGGAUUGUGGACGGCAAAGUGGUGUCUGAGACCAACGACACCAAAGUCCUGAGGCGUUGAGGCUGCAGAAGCAGGGUGCCCUUUGGGGAGCAAGAGGCCAAUAAAAAGUUCAGAAGUCACUGGACAUCACUUU